GGCAGAGGAGGAUACAAAUGGCAUUACAAACCCGGCACCGCGACAUUCGUAUCCCAGGCUGUUCCCGUGACGCGAGGGGCUGACUUUACGGCAAAUUAAUCAGGCUCUACCAGAUCGGCUAUCCGUUUGCGUUCCUUUCCAACAAAAUACUACCAGCAGCGAUGGUGUCUCACAUGGUAGUGAUGUUUAUGUGCCUGUCACUGGCAGUUUUAAUGUCUAACACAGACGCCCAGUGCUACUAUUUUGAUGAGCCUUGUGUUUAUCAGAAUCACCGAUAUGGUUUGUUUGAUAUGUGGGAGACUGAUGACUGUGAGUCGUGUUUCUGCACUGGUGACGUUGGCUACGAGUGCUGUUCAAAGUUUUAUGUCCCCACCGUCUACGACCGACAGCAAUGCACCGUAUUCAAAGACAAGACCACCUGUCAGACGCGACUCCUGGACAAACACGGCAAAGAAUGCGAGGCCCUCGUCGGCGUCCUGUAGCGACCUGCUCCUCGUUUCCGUUGAAUGAGUGGAAAUUCCAUGGAAGUUUGUGGCCUAUUUUUAGGUUCCUGUUUCCCUCCUAUAUCUUUUUGUUUUCCUCAUUUUAUAUUGUCAAGCACAAUGGAUUUUGUUCCCUUCUUUCUUUUUUGUCGUGUGGUUUUACGGGGUCUGUAAAAACCGGAUGUUGUUCACCAGGAGUCUUUGUAACUGAUUAUUAUUGAUAGACAUUGUUGUAAAGCCAGAGGCCUUUGAAAAGAACUACUUUCUCAGACAUAGCCCAACAGAAUGUAGAACUUAUUAAAACAACGGAAGCCUUACAAAUGAUUUGGCACAAGGCACAAUCAGCGACAAUAUCCGCCUAGAGGAGAAACACGCCCUCAUCGAUUGAUAAGAGCCAUUUGGUCGGGAGUGCUCAUUUUGUUGGUAGCGAUGUAACCGCAAUGCGUGCAUUUCAUAGUCGUUUGUGUAUCAGCAA